CUCAGCAAAAUAAAUAUCAAUAAAAAAACACUUUUAUUUAUUAAAAUGUAUAUAUUACAUAUAUUCAUAUUGAUACAAGCGUUGACGUUUUGCAUUUACCUUUAUGAAUGAGCAGAAUAUUAAUCCUAGUUUUAUGAUUAUACGCUAUUUCUAUUAAAAUGGGGUUUUCUAAUCGCAAAUUGCAACAAUGUGUAUCACUAUAUAACAAAAAGAAUAGCUGUUUUGAGAACAAAAACCACCAUAAUUAUAUUAAUAUCAAGAUUUGAUGGCAUUAUUUAUUCGCUUUAAAGGAUAGUAAGUAAUUAAUAGGUAAACAAACAACUAUUCCCUCUUGAGAAGACUACAGCAUUCCCAAUUUUUCUACAGACCUGAUCAUUUUGUACAUUGCAGUGUUCUAAAAUUAGUAAAGUUUUAUGACAUUUUAUGGCGGGAAAUCCUGUCACUUUGUUCACACUAUCUACAGAAGACUUUAUCAUCAGUUUCAUAACCUGUUACGUUUUUAUGGGCUUGUUUAUCUAUGGACUUCAGGUCCAUAUAAGGAUCUGUCUGUGUAAACCUCGGUCCUAUAGGACAAUAACCAUCUUACCACCUCUCAUAAAAGCCUCUGCCACAGUUUGGAUUCAUUCAGACUUCCUGUCUCAGCUCAUUUUUGAGGUAUAACAUGGCAGAGCACGGCCCUGUACUCUGUGUUCAUCCUUCGAGCUGCUUGGUUGAUGAAAAAACAGAGGUAGAAGUAAAGCACUUGCCUGCUGAUUAUAGGGUCACUCUCCACGCACUGAUUCACUCUGAAGAUGGAGACGAUUGGGAAUCACUCGGCCGCUACACCAGCGACUCCUCAGGGACUGUUAAAGUUUCCAGAGACAAAAGUCUUGGCGGGACAUUUGAGGGAGUUGAAGGCAUGGGUCUGCUGUGGAGUAUGAGACCUGUUCCUGAAAGUAAACCAGGUCGCCGAUUUCGGAAGAUCAAUGUCCAGACACCCUUUAAAGUGACGUUUUCUGUGUAUGAAGGACACCUUGCUAGGGUCUUUAAGUAUCACACCCCCCUCACAUCAGCUACAGCUGAGCGCUGGUAUUUGGCCCCUGAGGUCCAGAGGGUCGAAGUGACAGAGGGGGGGAUAAAGGGGACACUCUUCAUUCCUCCAGGUCCUGGCCCCUUUCCUGCUGUGCUGGACCUGUGUGGAGGGCAGGGAGGUCGUGUUGAGCAUCGCUCCGCGCUCCUGGCGUCCCACGGCUAUGUCUCGCUGGCUCUGGAGUACAUCGGGAUCCUGACUGCUGAAGGAAAACUCCAUCACGUGGACAACACCUACUUUGAGACUGCGUUUAAAUUUCUACAAAAACACCCCAAAGUUCGUCCAGACAGAGUGGCAGUGAUGGGGAUGUCAUUCGGUGUGCCAGUAUCACUGGGUUUGACCACAUACUCACAAAUUUUAGAGCCCAGGUGUGUGAUUUGUGUGAGCGGGAGUCACAUCAUGCCACACAAAGGAUCUUUGGCGGAUGUCUAUGCAGCACUACAACAGAAUGUAGACAAAAUCCGUUAUGAUGAAAAGAUGAGAAUAAUUUGGCGGGAUCUUUUGCUGCCGGUACCAGACGACCCUUCCAAGAAAGUUAAGAUGGGUGAGAUCAAAUGUCCUAUUUUAUUAAUUGUUGGAGAGGACGAUCAAAACUGGCCGGCUUCAGAAUCUGCGGCGGAUAUGAAGGAGAUGAUGGAAAAGGCUGGGAACAGUCGCCUCCUAACGGUUCUCUCGUAUCCUGGAGCGGGUCACCUUAUUGAGCCGCCCUAUAGCCCUCACGUCCGAUUCAGUGACUUCAAGCUACUGGAGGCAAAGACCAAAGUGGUGGUGCUUUGGGGUGGAGAGACGGUUCCUCACAGUCGAGCUCAGGAGGAGUCCUGGCAGAAAACUCUGGCUUUUCUUGAGGAGCAUCUCUAUGACAACAGCAGAGAGGCUACACACUGCUGCUAACCAUUUAUACUGUAUCUACAACUGUGAGACUAAUCAUCUUCAGUGUGCCUUCAUACAGCAAUACUGAAGAGAUUAACAGUGUAAAUGAUCACUUUCAAAGCAUUACAUUAUUGCAAUUAAUUACGGAUUAAUUAAACUUAAAUAU